AUGUUUGGUGACACUGAAAAUCCUAUUGGAGUUGGCGUAGAAAGUCGUGAGUUGAUUUGUGUUGGAAACCCAUCAAAAAGUCGUUUAAAAAUUCAAUUUUCUGCAACUGAAAACAUUAUAAAAUAUACAAUUAGAACAAAACCAAAAGUAAUUUCUUUACAAAAAGGAAAAGCAGUUGAAUUUGAAAUAUUCGUUAAACCAAAAUGUUCAUGCAAAAUUGAUGACAAAAUCAUUAUUUUUUCAAAAAACUUGGAAGACGGAAUUACACAAGACAACCAAAUAAUUUUGAGGAUUUACACUGAAAUAACGACACGACUUGACCCGGACGAAUUGGUUGAAGACAAGAAAUUUGGAGAAUAUUCUUUUGGAAUUGUGUACAAAGAAACUUUUAGAGGAAAUUGUGUUGCAAUUAAGAAAAUGAAGGAAUUCAACGAAAAUGAUUUAGACGAAUUUGAAAAUGAAAUUAAAAUGUUGGACAAAUUCCGCAGUGAAUAUACCGUCCAUUUUUAUGGCGCAGUGUUUAUACCAAAUAAAGUGUGUAUGGUCACUGAGUUUGCACAAUUUGGAAGUUUACAAAACUUGAUGAAAAACAGAACAAGUAAUAAUGUUGAUAUGAAAUUACGAACUAAAUUUGUAUUGGAUGCAUCAAAAGGGAUAUUGUAUUUCAUGAGAAUGGGAUAUUACACAGAGAUAUCAAACCAGACAAUUUUCUGGUAUUUUCAUUUGAUUUAA